AUGAAGGUCCUGAUCAGUUUACUUCUGAACGCAAUCAUUGGUCAGGCACAGGUGCUCGAAGUGCCCUUCAAUCCUAAGGUCCAGUUAGUGAAGAAUACGGGAGAGCAUGCCUUCGUGGCCCCCAAUUUCGCGGCCGGAGACCAACGCGGCCCUUGUCCGGGCCUCAACGCCAUGGCCAACCACAAUUACAUCCCGCGUAACGGUGUUGCCACCGCAGCACAGUUGAUCGAAAGCUGUUUUAGGGUGUUCGGGCUCGGAAAGGACAUAGCUGGUUUCCUAACCGCGUUAGCGAUUGUCACUGCCGGGGCUAUUGUGAACCGCACGGCCAUGGUCAGUAUUGGGAAGGCAACGCCUCAAGUCCGCGCUCAAAGCUACGAACCGAGUGGUCUCAGUGGCACCCACAACAAGUACGAGUCGGACGCCUCGCCUAUGAAGGGCGACCUUUAUCAAUACAAAGACGCAGACAAGCUCGUCUUGAAGCAGUUGGAAAAUUUCCUGAGCCGAUCGAAGAACAACGAUUACACCUUACGCGACCUCUUCGAUUUUCGAUCGUACCGCAUCGACGAGAGUCUCCGCGAUAAUUGUUAUUGCUACUUCGGACCGAUCUCUUUCAACAUAAUAGCGGCAGGCUCGCACACCUUCAUCUAUUGGCUCAUGAGCAAUAAAUCCAAGAAGCGUCCUCGAGGCCGUCUGACAGAGGAGGACAUCCUCUCGUGGUACUCCGUCGUCGGGGAGAACCCUUUUGGGCGAGCUUUUGUUGAAAAGAGAGGUAUUUUGGGCGAGAAUGAAAUCAAGUUGGGCGAAAAUGAGGGAGGUUUUUUGGGCGGGUGGCCGAGUCACCGAAAUACCGUGAAUCUGGCAGCUAUGCCUGCCGCAGAAAGAUGA